CAGGCUGCAGCUGCUGGAGGAGCCGGAGUGAAAUCAGCCUCCUGCAGGAUCCCAGUCCCAGUCACAGUUACUGUGAGCAGGUUGAGAGGAGGAGAGACAGCAUCCACUCUCAACAACAGUCUUACUUGUUGAUUCACCCCAUCAGGACAGGGACGGACAUGUGGACAAGCUGAAAUCUGCUUUAAAAAACACUUGUCUUCUCCAACAUGUCGCCAUACUGUAGCUCAUGAUGCCUCCUCCAUCCUCUCCCAGCGGAGCUCCGGAGACCUGCACGGACACUGUACAAGUUUGCACGCGUUUACUCCUGAAAUGUUGCUGAUGUCCAUCCAUGAGGAGGUGAAUCGGGAUAAACUGGAGACACAAACAAGAAGGACCGAGGUCGGGGACCCUGAUGCGCUCAUCUACAGGACCAUGUCUUCUUCUUAAUCUGCCGGACUGCAUCUUCCAGUCUUUUCAAGCGACCGAGUGAGUUGAGUUGAAGUUGAAGAUGAUCAAAACGGGGCCUCGGUCGGGCACCUCGCUGGUGCCGCCGGACACCAUGGACAUCAUCCGCAGCAAGACGAACACCCGCCGGGUGAAACUCAACGUCGGCGGCCUCCUCCACGAGGUCCUGUGGAGGACGCUGGACCGGCUGCCCCGCACCAGACUGGGCAAACUGUGGGACUGCAACACCCACGAGUCCAUCAUUGAGAUCUGCGACGACUACAGCGUGGAUAACAGCGAGUACUUCUUCGACAGGCACCCCGGCGCCUUCACCUCCAUCCUGAACUUCUACCGCACCGGCAAGUUGCACAUGAUGGAGGAGAUGUGCGCCCUGUCCUUCAGCCAAGAGCUGGACUUCUGGGGCAUCGACGAGAUCUACCUGGAGUCCUGCUGCCAGGCCAGGUACCACCAGAAGAAGGAGCAGAUGAACGAGGAGCUGAAGAGAGAGGCCGAGAACACGAGGGACAGGGGAGGAGAGGAGUUUACCACCACGUGUUGCUCCGAGAAGAGGCAGAAGCUGUGGGACCUCCUGGAGAAGCCCAGCUCAUCGUUUGCUGCUAAGAUCCUGGCAGUCAUCUCCAUCCUCUUCAUUGUGUUGUCCACCAUUGCCUUGUCUCUGAACACCCUUCCAGAGCUGCAGGACGUGGAUGAGUUUGGUCAAUCCACAGACAACCCGCAACUGGCCCACGUGGAAGCUGUGUGUAUCGCCUGGUUCACCAUGGAGUACCUGCUUCGCUUCCUCUCUUCCCCCAACAAGUGGAAGUUCUUUAAGGGUCCUCUGAAUAUCAUCGACCUGCUGGCCAUCUUGCCCUACUACGUCACCAUCUUCCUGACAGAAUCCAACAAGAGCGUGCUGCAAUUUCAGAACGUCCGCCGCGUGGUUCAGAUUUUCCGGAUCAUGCGGAUCUUGCGUAUUUUGAAGCUGGCUCGUCACUCCACAGGUCUCCAGUCUCUGGGUUUCACUCUCAGGAGGAGCUACAAUGAGCUGGGCCUGCUGAUCCUUUUCUUGGCCAUGGGCAUCAUGAUCUUCUCCAGUCUGGUGUUCUUCGCCGAAAAGGAUGAAGAGGACACCAAGUUCAAAAGCAUCCCAGCUUCUUUCUGGUGGGCUACCAUUACCAUGACAACAGUAGGCUAUGGCGAUAUCUACCCAAAAACUCUACUGGGAAAGAUAGUUGGGGGUUUGUGCUGCAUCGCCGGAGUACUGGUGAUUGCCCUGCCUAUCCCCAUCAUCGUGAAUAACUUCUCUGAGUUCUACAAAGAGCAGAAGAGGCAGGAGAAAGCCGUCAAAAGAAGGGAGGCUCUGGAGAGGGCUAAGAGAAACGGUAGCAUUGUUUCUAUGAACAUGAAAGAUGCAUUUGGCCGCAGUGUAGAGCUCAUGGAUAUAAUGGUGGAAAAUACCGAUGAAAAGACGGAGAAGAUGCACGAUAAUCAUGUGUCUCCUUGUCUGCCGAAAGGGACACCCAAACUCAAGUCAUAUUUGAGCCCCAGCAGCCCCAGUAGGACACUCGAAUCAAGCUACCAAGAACAGGCCAAGCCCUCGAGCAGCCCUCAGCAUCUUAGCGCACAGAAACUGGAGGUGAUGUACAACAAGAUGGCCAACGCUCAGUCACAACCCGACCUUGACAGCAAGGAAAAGGGGCCGCCGUCCAAAGCGGUUAGGCAGAAAGUUGAAUUAGAGAUGGGAAGUAUUCCCGCUGAAGCCAUCACAAGCAAAGCAGGAACGAUUACAGACAUGAGGAGCAUGUCCAGCAUUGACAGCUUCAUCAGCUGUGCCACCGAUUUCCCUGAGAGCUCUCGCUUUUCCCUCAGCCCGCCAGGUAGGGUCAGCACCAACCCCAGCCUGGAACCCACCUUGGAGAAUGAGCACGAAGGGUCCCAGGGCACCAAUACACCCCUGACAGGAAGAGGCGCCAAACCCAGCCCGCAUUCUGACAGUCCCAAGGCUGUGCGCAUCAACAACCCGAUCAGAAGCCACUCACUCAAGGUCAACUUCAGAGCUAGGGAGGAUUCAGGGACGGGGGCCCUCUCGGACAGCUCGUCGGUCCAGAGCCCCGAAGUGUCCGUCUACACAACUGCCAGAAGCACGACACCCAGCAAGAGCCCGGAGAAUUUACUGCCCAGCAGCCUCUUCACAUUCCACGAUGCAUCCAUCAAUAAAUUCAUUGAUGCCGACACAGAUGAGGAGGAGCACCUGCAUGACGGUUCAGGCACCAACCCAUCCCAAAGACUCAUGGAAAGAGUCAGCCCAAUGUUUGGCCAUCACUCCAGCUUCCAGCAAGGGCCCAACCACAUGGAGGGCCUGCAGGGGAAGCUGGGGAACAGCGUGCUGCCACUAGAAGGGCAGGAGAACCACGUGGCUCAGGAGCUGCAGCCACUUCAGGGAGAGCCGAGUCACUCUAACGCUUAAAAGUUACAAUAAGGGAGAGGCCACAGAGGAAACAGACAGGAGAGGAGGAAGCAGAACUAUAAGAAGCACAGUGAACUCAGCAAAACUGAACAUCCCCAAAAAAUAUGAAAGGCACUGAAAACAUUUGCAGGAACAUUUGAAGAAUUGUAAUGCGAAAUGCUUCUGCCAUGAAAAUAGUUGUGGACAAUGGGAAAGUGUGUUUUUGCUCUCGAACUUUUUCCUACCAAGGACUCCUGAAUUAAUUAAUUUCGCAGAGGACUCUGAUCUAAGAGGUUUUAAAAAAAUGGCAAGGAAUGCCCGUCUGGUAGUUUUUACUAUUUAUACAUUUGCCCAGAUCAUCGUAUAAUAAUUACAGCCUAGUUGUAAGAGUAUAAGAUAUUGUUUUUAUAAGCAAAAACCUAUUUUUCUGACAUCCCUGGAUAAAGCCACUAUAGCACAAGCUGUCCAAUCAGUAGCAAACCACAAAGAGGAUUGACACAUGGCACUACAAAAUGGGAAACUCCUUCAGCUUUAGUUCAAACUAUGUUGCUGUGUGAAGAGGGAACUUGCAUUUUUCUUUGUUAUCGGUGUAUAAUUAUGGCAUUACAAAGGCAACAGUGUGUUUUGGAAAUGUAUAGUUUGCUUCCUUUAACUUCCUUCCUCAAAACUGGCCUUAGUUUAUGUUGUCACUCGUGUUUUAUGUUUGUGUGAGUGAGGAAGAGAGACAUAGACAGCACAUACAUACUGUAUAUAUAUAUAUAUAUAUAGCAUAUUUAUUAUUAUGUAGCGUUCUUGAUCUCUCAAGUGUGAACUUGAGGAGAAUCAAGUAUUUCAGACUUUAGUGUCUAUAUUUUUUACUGCACAGAAUAGACAACACACAGAGAGACACUGUGAGGCUGCAUCCAUCGAUUACUUUCUUGUUCCCAUUGUGCCCGACUGUUGGCAAGAGAGAGCACCUUAACAUGAUAAUUAUUUUUAUUAUGAACACAGAAAAAAACCCUCUUUAUUCUUGUUUGUAUUGGUGUUUGUAUUGGUGUAAUCAGAGUUUGAAUCUGGAGAAAAUCGAAAAGUCUUAUGUGUUAUUUCAAAGUGUUCUCAAAAGGUGUUUCAAAGGAGUCAUCAACUACUGUAGCUAAUAAUCUGAACUUCACUAUAGCUGGAAAAACAGCACUGAAAAUCAAUGAGAUUUUCUAUGUUGAACCUCCAGUUUUGUAGGAGUGUGAGUAUUGUACGUGUACAACUACAAAAAUAGAAUAUUACAAGGAAAACACAUUUAUUGUACAAGGUAAAGAAUGAAAUCAAUUUAUAUUUUUAAAGAUAUUUUCUAAACGAACGGACUCGUAGACAAAUAUAUUGUGCUAAUCCCGUAGUUUUGCAUUUCGAUAAGUGUACUGCAUUAUUUUGAUGGAGUUGCAUUUGUUAGACAAUAUACUGUAGUAGAGGAAUUUGUAUUGUUUGCGAGUUUGUCUCCUCGUAAAUGUCUGUCCCUCUAUCCUUUGUGCAAUGUGAAGAACCAAAGAAUUGUUCUUUCUUUACAGAUGAUGGUAUGUUUUACUGUUUUAUCUAAAAAAAAAUGUAAGAAAGUUAAGCAUUCCUUUUCUAAAUCUGACAUAUUUCAGGGAGCCAUACUUGCUCGUUCGGUACAAACAUGUAAGCAGAUGAGAGGACCGGCCUCUGAAGAGGAAAGCUGUUGACAGGGAAUGAAAAGAGAGGAUAGACGGCACUUUAUUUUUAAUCCAUUUCGAAAAGCUAAUUUGAUUAUUUACACACUGUGGAUCUUGGCAAGUGGUUCGCUUCCAGAGAUCCAAAACAUCACGCUCAUACGAGUUCACAUGACAUCUCUUACAAACAUAAAGCCACCUCGCAGCUAUACGUACAGCUCAGGCACACAAACUGCAUGGAGGAGGUACCUUGUGUGUCUGCAGGCCGCUUUAGCUACACCAAAUAUCCUGCAUCCUGCUUUUUCUGUAUGCAUCCGACCUGGGUGGUGAUCAUCUGGUGCUCUCAUGCUCUUUGCUACAUUACUCAUGCAAGCAUGGUUUUACAGCGUUAUUAACUUUACAACAUAACAUCCAGGCAUGCUACAAAGCAUCUAUUUUUAAUCUUUUACGCUUACAGAAAUAGAAGUAUUUACGCUGUAUGGUUGUUUGCAAUCAUUAGACAUAAUAUGAGUUAGGUAUUUCCGUGCCUUUGCUUUUAACAGACACCUGCCCCGCACUCUGAAUCUAUCACUGUUUAAUGGAGCCCAAAUGACAAUUAAACAAACUGUACAGCAAAUAAACACAUAGAGAACUGGGUCAUUAUGCUGUCAGGCUGCUAUAUUAGAUACCCACACUCCUCCCUCUAAUGUCUCUCCUGUACACCUACCCAACAUUUACAUGAAAAAGGCCCAAUCCACCAAAACAAACUCACCCAGCAGAGUGAACGGCCCACUGUUUCCAUGGUGAUGGUUGAGAUGACUGGAUGGCUGGCAUUUGAUGCAAGCCUUAAAGUCCUUAAAGACUCUAAUAACAUAUUGCAAAUAUACACAGUGUUUACAUUCGGUUCAUGAAUUCACUCAAUCCGUCAUUCAUCUCUUUUCUUCCUCGUCACCUGUGGCUUCAAAAAUGAUAUAAACAGCUAACUCGAUUGUGGACCUUUAACACCUCUCAGCAAAUUAUAAAAGAACAGGCAACCUAUGCUUGAAACUAAGGUGCUGUUGCUAUGACGUGUAUGUUCACUUCACCCCUGUGAAGGGAGUAAGUGUGAAAUGUGAAUGGAAUAGGAACAAGCGGUGUGUGACAGAGAGAGCUGUGCGGCCUGAUUACAACUGACGUCCCCAACGAUUGGCUGUAGCACUCGGCUCCUUCACUUCAUGUCCAGCUUCAGCCCAAAUCUUCAACACAGACAAGAUGAUCAUUCUCAUGCUCUUUCAAAGCAUUCCCUCAGACAAGACAAUCGGCAUCACGCUCUGUCAUUGAGAAAGUUACACACACACACACGUGCACUCAGGUGUGUUUUUUCCAUUACAAGCACUGUGUGCUGGAGUCUUUUGUGCAGAAUGACAAUGCAGAAAUGGCAGCUGGGUUGAGGCAUCCUUUUGAGGAUGUGUUCAUUUCUGGGAUUCUAUAAAUACCUUCCUGGGCAUGCAGAGGGAGGGUCUGGGCCAGAAGGAAAAGGCUCAGUUACAGCUGUGUCUUUGGUUGUGAUGGUGUCAUGGAGGAACAAACUUUGUAACAGAAGACUCUGAUGAAAGGGGGGGGGCUACGGAGGUUUACGAGAAACUGUACAAACAGUCACUGGUGUGUGGGAUUUGUUACAGUCCAGCCCUCAACGCUGCAUGGUAAUGGUAUAAAACUGUCAAACUGACAAAAGGCCGUAUGACUUUCUCUACUGAAGGCAUUAGAAACACAAGAUAAAAAGGGAGGGUGUCUUACACAGUGCAGAUUCAUUACCAUUCAUCACACAACAGUCAGACAUGCAGUAAAUACUGAUAAACCUUUGGAGUUGAGCCUCUCGUCCUAGUGGACUUACUUCCAAACAAGCCAUAGUCUAUUUAAAUGGGUACAACUCUUUCCUCUGUUGGAUGAAUGUUAACAAUGUCCUUAUUGCUUUUUAUAUCUUUUUUUUUUCUUGUUUUUCUGAACUGCACUUUAUUGAUUUUUCUGUAUUAAUCUCUGCUUUCUAGUAACCAUGCAAAUAAACAAUGUCAACAUACGAAGGUUCAAAUACAAUUUUCAAAAGCACAAGUCAAUAAUAAUAAUAAUAAUAAUGUCAAUAAGUAUCAUUUUCUUUAAGCACAACACGCCACACUAGAGGUUUAAGCCAAAUACAGACACGUAAUUUAAUGGUCAGAAUCUUCCCCCUUCUUCAGGGAAUUAAUCACCUCUGUUCAACUCACACAGGUCGGUACGCUGCCCUCGCUGUGUGUGGGGAGAUGGUUGUUUUGUAAAGUUUCAUACUUUGUACCAGUUGACUUUGUAGAAUAUUAUCUUUGUGGGUUCCUGUUGUUCAACGCAUGUAGCGCUAUUAAACUUUGACACACAGAACUUGUAAAUAUCAUCUAAGCAGCUGUAGGACAAUGUCUAUAUGAUCAGCAAUUUUGAAGCAAUUUUCUCCUUUUACUGACUGAUGCUUAAUAAAAGAAAAUAAUCCAGUG